AUGGAUUAUAAUCCAUAUACGAGUGGGUCAAAUUUUGUUGAUCUUCUUGAAAGUCAACAAAGUGAUUUUGGUUCAUCAGAAGUUCCUGAAUUUGGAACUCAAUAUACCCUGGAUUGCAACCUCGGUGCAGAGAGUCUUCUAGAGCGCAAAGAACGCAGGAAAUGGACGCCCACAUAUGACAUUGUGCUCAUCAGCUCAUGGUUAAACACGAGCAAAGAUCCAAUCGUGGGUAAUAAGCAAAGAUCAGGUGCUUUCUGGAAAAGAAUUGCAGCCUACAUGGAGGCAAGCCAGAAGGUUACAGGGUGCGAACGGAGAGAGCCGAUGCACUGUAAGCAGCAGGGGCAGAAGAUCAACAACCUCGUGUGCAAGUUCUGUGGCUCGUAUGAAGCUGCAACCAGGGAGAAGACCAGCAGACAAAAUGAGACUGAUGUUCUCAAAAAAGCGCAUGAGAUCUUCUACAACAACCAUCAAAAGAAGUUCAACCUUGAGCAUGCGUGGAUGGAGCUGCGCAAUGACCAGAAAUGGUGUGAUCUUUCAAGCUCAAAACAGGAUGGAAGCUCUAAAAAGAGGAAGUUGGACGUCGGUACACAAUCAUCAACAUCUCACGCAACUGAAAGCAAGAAUUCUGAAGCUGAUGAAGGCACCAAUCGUCCCCCGGGUGUUAAGGCACGUGGUAAGAAGAUGACGGUUGAGGGGAAGGGGAUGUCUGAGUUUCAGACAAUGUGGUCCAUUAAACAGCAGGAUCUGGCCAUGAAAGAAAUGCUAUCCAAGAUGUCUCUGCUUGACAGUCUUAUUGCAAAAAAAGAACCACUGUCUGAGUGUGAGGAAGCUCUAAAGACGAAGUUGAUUAAUGACUUGUUGUCUGUUUGA